CUUCACGGACUGUCGGACAUUGGUGAGGCGAUACAAAUAUGUCUUAUGACAAGAAAAACACACGGUAUUAAUGUCACUAAACGCUUAAAAACACUUGAACGGGUGUCGGGACGACGUAGUCACCGUUAAAAGAAGUUCGGCUUGUGAAAACGCAGCGAUGAGCAUUCCUCCAUCUGCCCAGAUGGAUGAGGUGAGGAAGAAAGCCCAUUCGCGGCUCUCCUCCUCAGGAUUGGCCCAGGAUGUGAAGGUUGAGGUCCAGACCAUGGCCAACAUCCCUCUGUCUCUGUCAGAGAAGUACCGUCACUUUGGAGCUGAGGCCAUGCUGAGGGACAAUACAACCAGCCGAAACAGACCAGAGGUCCUGGAAUCUUUGAACCGACUGGUCAAAGCUUUGAGUAUCCUGGAGAAGUACGGCUGCAACCUGGCAAGUCCCACCAGGCCCAAAUACUGGAGGAGUGUCAAACACAACAACCCGGUCUUCAGGACCACAGUGGAUGCUGUCAAGGGCGGGCGGACAGUCCUUUAUCUCUACGGCUACACCAACCAGCAGAUAGAUGGCCUCAGCUUCCCUGAUGAAGUAACUGAACCAGAUAUUGAAAAAGUCGCUGCUGUGACACUUGAGGUCAUGAUCUUGCGCACAGAGGUGGACAUGAUCAUUAAGGGCACACAUCCUCACCUAGAGUACUUCAAAGAUAUCAUCCCACUUGUCAUCCAGCAGGAUAGUCUAUCAUGUGAUGCUGUAGUUAUCCCUCAGUCAGAGGAGCAACCUGCAGAUCAGCCACAGGUUCUGUCGUCCUCACCAAAACCUGCUCAGCAGCCAAAACCCUCCACAGGUUCUCCUCUAGCAACUCAGUGCAAUUUGUGCGGUGGUCCUUCGUCUUUAGUCUGCCCAUCCUGCGACAGUCAGUCUUUCUGUGAUGCAUGUGAUGACCUGUUUCACCGACAUCCUGCCAGAGCCACGCACAAGAGAGACAAAAUUCAGAAAUCCAAACAGGAGACGUGCACUAUCUGUGGUGUUUCUGUGAUACAUGCUCAGUGCUCGACUUGUGUCCAGAAACUAUGUCACAACUGUGAUCGACUCUUUCACUCUCACCCGGAUCGUAAAGGACAUAACCGGACUAUUGUCACACCAGCAAAAACUUCCAGUCCAUCUCUGGCUCCCUGGGAGUGUGCUCAUUGCACUACAGUGAAUGAAAUGCGAGCCGUACUCUGUACAACCUGUGAGCGACCUCGACUCGCCACCGCUGCUUCCAUAGUUCAGGAAACCCCAGCAUCACCCAAUGCAGAAUGGCAGUGUAAGAGCUGUACAAUGGUGAACCAAGGCAGUAGCAUUCUAUGUGAGGUGUGUGAGCGCCCCCGUCUGGCUACUCGGCCACCUGUUGCUCCAGUUCUCUCCAGUCCAGGGUCUCUGCCAGACUCUGGAACAAAGUGGACUUGUCAGUUUUGCACCUACGUAAACACCAAACCAACAGCAGUGUGCGAGAUGUGCAACCUGUCAUGUAAAGACUCUGCUGGAGUGUCUCUGCCCCAGUCUCUCCAGCAGACCCCCACCACCACUAAAGAUCCACAGCAGCCAGGAAUGAAACCUCAGCCAAAGCCCCGGGUCAACCCAGAGCUGAAGAGACAGAAGCUGAUGAAGGAAGAAGGCCUUAGUCUCAUAAACCAUAUUAGAGAAGCAGAAAAGCGUGGCGUCAGCCCUGAGGAGGUGUAUGCAGCCCUCUGCAUGUGCGGCGGAAGCAAUGUAAACCCUUGUGAUUGGCUGAUGUCAGAGCUUCCUCACCUGCUGGAUGAAAUCUGUGCCAUGGCAGCAUCAGUGCAGCUAAACUACAAAGAAAGGGAUUCUGGGAUGCAGAUUACACUGGACAGAGAUGGUCAGGAGUCAGAGCAGAUUAGCACUACUGGUGAAGGAGUGAAGCUGUCCAGAGCUGAGGCCAAACUGGCGUGGCUGGCAGCAGGGGGCGACACCGAACGAGCAGUGAAACAGCUGCUGAGAGAUCGACAAGUCAAGAUGAGGGAGCUGCACUCUCUGGGCUUCAGAGAUGUGGCUCAGUGUGAAGAAGCCCUACGUCAGAGCGGAGGAGAGGUCAAAGGAGCUCUGUCUCUGCUACAGCGCCCUCUGCUGGAGCCCUUCCACCAGCGCAUAUGGGCCAACCAGCCUGAGCCGCCGAUUGAUCCCAAACACCCAGACAAACAGAGGAUGUGCAGGCGUCUGUUGGCCCUGUAUGACCUGCCCAGCUGGGGGCGCUGUGAGCUCGUCCUGUCUCUGCUCCAAGAUCCAGGCAUCACUUACACCCUGGAGGACGUAGUGCAGGCUGUGAAAGAGUCGCACGACAAAGACUUCAUCAGACGUCUGCUCAACAACGAGUGCCCGUGCUGUUUGAGCAUCUUCCCCCGCAGCAAGAUGCAGUCUCUGACUUCAUGUCAGUGCUCCGUUUGUCAUGAGUGCUUCGGGCAGCAUUUCACUGUCGCAGUGAGAGAUAAACAUAUCAGAGACAUGGUGUGUCCUGUCUGCAGUGAGCCAGACAUCAAUGACCAGGAACAGCUGGACAGCUACUUCUCCACUCUGGACAUACAGCUACGGGACUGUCUGGAGCAUGACGUUUAUGAUCUGUUCCACAAAAAGUUGACUGAGCACGCUCUGAUGAAAGACCCAAAAUUCCUGUGGUGCUGUCAUUGCACCUCUGGGUUCAUCAAUGAUGGAGACCACCUAAAGGUCACCUGCCCAUCUUGCCGGAAGAGUUUUUGUGCACAAUGCAAGAAACCUUGGGAGCCUCAGCACCAGGAUCUGUCCUGUGAGCAGUUCCAGCAGUGGAAGAGGGAGAACGAUCCGGAAUACCAGAGACAGGGUCUAGCUGGAUACCUGAGGGACAACGGGAUUACCUGCCCUCACUGUCGGUUCCAGUAUGCUCUGACCAAAGGUGGUUGCAUGCACUUCACCUGCUCCCAGUGCAGGUACCAGUUCUGCAGCGGCUGCAACAACCCAUACCACAAGACCGCUUGUAAGACGCCUCAGUGUAAUUACACUGGUCUGCAUGCUCACCACCCUCGAGACUGUCUCUUCUAUCUCAGAGACUGGGAGCCAGCGAGACUACAGGCUCUGCUGCAGAAAAGUGGUGUGGAGUUUAACACAGACCCUUCAAAUGAAACUCAAACUGCAGCCAACUGUGGCGUGAUGGAGCAGAAAGAUGAAGGUGGUCUACAGAUCGAUUCACCAUGUGGCCUUGAAACACGACCUGGACAAGCAGGACUCUGCGAGAAACACUACAGGGAGUAUCUGGUGAGUCUGAUCAACGCCCACUCCUUGGAUCCUGCUCCGCUGUACGACGCCCAGGAAGUGACCCGAGCCUGUGAGAGAUACCAGGUGGACACUCAGAGAGGAGACGAGGACGACAACGCCUACUACACAAAACUGCUCAAGAAAUUAAUGGAGGUCCCUCUUGGAGAAAAAGUUCCUCGUAAUAAAUGAAGUCAUCUCUGGACUCACAGAAAUCAGCCUAACAUUGGUGGUGGAUUUUAACCCGAUACUCUGACAGGUGAUCAGGUUCUCAACAAACCACAGGAGGAAAAAGACUCUGGUCUGUGUCUGAAAACUUAUGAUACAUGUUCUCUACAUGUUCAUGAAGAAACUGAUUUUGAGUACAAAAGCAGCAAGAAGUGUUUUCAAGUCUCUCAUAUUAAACAUAAAAAUGUAAUCUUUCUGUAUUUGAUCAUUUAUCUUUUGUACAUUACAAAGAUAAAUUGAACCAGUUUAAAGCCAAAAUAAGUGUGAAAAAAAAGAUGUAUGAUGAAAAAGUGGAUAUUUUUGAAAGACUUUGAGAUUCUUAGGUGUGCGGGUCUGGUUCUUGUUUUGCUUGGGUUGAAAUUUAACUCAAUAUGAAAUUAUUCCUCUGUUUAUGGAAGCUUGUGUCUUGCACUGAAAACGGUUGAUGGGAUUUUAUUUUUCCUUUAAGGAGCAGUGAUGUUAUGUCAUUUAUUAUUAAAAACUAAUUUAAUCAA